UACAGUGGCUAGUUUCAUAUCGUACGGGGUUUAUAUGCCGUCUGUAUCACGGAAAGCACAGACCGAUCUCUAAAUUUGAGGGGUUUGCAGCAUUUGCUGGUUUCGUUUGCUGGUUUAUUUUUCCUUCCGCGUUCACAAUUGUUCUUCUUCGGCUCAACAUGUUUCAGACACAGGCUGCAACGGAGAAAAAUGAAACAUCGCUUGACGAGGUAACAAUUAGGAUUUGUAAGAAUUUGGAAACAUUGCCUCGUCUAACCAAUGGCUGUAGUAUCUAUAAAGUUCCUGAUAGACUAAGACUUGGGAAUGAAGGUGACUACACUCCUAAGGUAGUUUCUAUAGGUCCUUUUCACCAUGGCAAGGAAGAGUUGCGAACCAUGCAAGAGCACAAAUACAGGUACCUACGGGAUUUUCUUGAACGAGGACCUGCCAUGCCUAUACGCGACGGCAUGUUACAUUAUGUUGAUUUGAUAAAGGAAAAGGAAGCGGAGCUGCGCAGUGCUUAUGCAGAACCCAUCAAUCUCGGCAGUGAUGAGUUUGCAAGUAUGAUUCUAGUUGACACUGCCUUCACCAUUGAGGUAUUAUUAAGAUUGUGGGGCAGUGAAUUUCGACAUGCUCAUGACCGCAUAUUCAACAAACCAUACAUGAUAAAGGAUAUCUUGCCCGACAUGGUAUUGCUUGAGAAUCAGCUUCCCUUGUUCAUUAUUGAGUAUCUUUAUAGAAUACUGAAUCACGGGAUACAUCUCCCAAUCAGUGAACUUUUGGUCAGAUUCAUGUCUACUUUAUUGGAUUGGGAUUUAGAGAUGAACGAAAAUAGGCCCUUCCCUAUCGUUGAAAGGUGUAGAUCUGUUGCUACUAGUGCAGAACAUUUGGUUGAUUUAGUGAGAUCUGUUUACCAACCGACUUCUGUUUCUAUAGAGACACGGGAGAAAGCAAUUAUUACCACACCUAGCUCUGUAGAGCUGUUCCAGGCAGGGCUUCAAUUUGAGAUAAUGAAGCCAGAAGAUUCGUACGUGAGUCUCGUAGAUUAUACUGAUUCCUCGAGGGUUCUGAAAAUUUCGAAAAUGACAGUAAGUAGGAAGACAGAGGUGGCAGUCAUGAAUCUGCUUGCCUUCGAACAGUGCCACAGCAUUGAUAUGCCAGCUUACGCAAAUGAUUUUGUUGCAUUUUUGGAUUGCCUUAUUCACAGUUCCAAGGAUGUGGAUUUGCUUGUGAAGCAGCAAAUUAUCAACAACAGGUUAGCUGACAUCAGCUGUGCAUAUACUGUGAUAAAGAAACUAGGAAAUGCAGCUGCUGUGAGCUCAGAGACUUUCUAUUUUGCUGGUAUUUGUGAAGACUUGAAUCGGUACCACAAGAGCCGUCGGAGCAGACUGAAGGCAACUUUGAAUGAGUGGGCCAUAAGCCUGAGAAAAAACUACUUCUAUUCUCCGUGGACAAUUAUUUCUGUUAUUGCAGCUUUUAUUCUCCUCGUGCUCACUUUCAUACAGGCUGUUUGUUCUGUUAUGUCUGUGUAGGUCUCCAAAUGUAUUUCAUCUCUGUUGUUGUUGUUGUUAUUGAAAUUAAUUAUGUAUGACUAAUAUUUUCUUUGGUGAAUUUAUAUUUCUUGAAAAGUGAAA